AUGAGCAGUACAGGAUUUGAUCUCUCCCCGGUGAUUGAUCUUCUAGAUUCACUCUCCGCGGGACCCAAACACCCAUUUGUACUUGAUCCCAAGGCUGUGGCAUCUGGUGCCACUAGUGACGUGAGGUCACUAGGCGACUUUUCAGCUCUUUGGAGUUUCCUGAAUGACUGUCACAAUGACUCUACACCCCUUCCGUCUCUAGACAGCAUCUUUACUCCACCUCCCUCCCCUCCUCCGCCUCCGGUUGAUUCCCCUGAAAAGGGGACAUCACGAAGGAGAAAGAGGAGAAGGAGUCCCAACGUCACAGUCACACUCAAUGGAAUGCCUAUCGCCCCCGAACAGUCAUCGGCUACCGAUAGCACCGAAAACCAUACUGAUACUACUGAAGAGAUACCUCGCAAACCUCCUCGAACCCGAAUUCGUGUUACUUCGACUUUCGUAAAUUCUGCGGAUCCCGCGGAAAAGACAUCCCGAUCCACGCCCCGCAUCCGCCUUACCCCUGCCAGAAUUUUGCCCGGCGACGACGGUUUAGCACCCGUCGUUCAGAGCAAUUCCCUGCCUGAGCGUCCGGUAAUUCGGACCUCGGGGCUGCCCGUUAGCGAGCGUAAAGCCCAGCUAAUCCAGAUGAUAAUGCGCCUCUUCCCCUCAGACCGUGUCACCCUCCUUACGCUUGAUAUUCCCCGCCCCCUUGCGCCUCAACCCACUGAUAUACAUAUCUUUAUCGACAAUUCAAACAUUUUGAUCAGCUUCUAUGAACUGAUUAAGCAGAUUCGUGGUCAACCCAAAACCGCGCGGGUUCGCGCUCCUAAGUUCUCGUUUCAUAAUUUUUCGCUCAUCCUCGAGCGCGGACGACCAACCGUCAAAAAGGCCCUUGUCGGCAGCUCUCCCAUUACCCCUGUUAUGCUUGAGGCCGAGGCUCUCGGAUAUGAAAAUAGCAUUCUCGAAAGAGUCGUUAAAGAGCGAGCUAUUAAGUACAGCUCUUCUUCGGGCUCUGAUACAAACAGCCCGCUGAAGACGCGUAUGGCGAAGGUGGAACAGGCGGUUGAUGAGAUUCUUCAUCUGAAAAUGAUGGAGUCAAUCGUCGAUUAUGAGCCGAGUACACUAGUUCUGGCAUCAGGUGAUGCGGCGGCUGGGGAAUACAGUCCGGGAUUUUUUAAAGUGGUAGAGAGGGCAUUGACGAAGGGCUGGAACGUCGAGCUGGUGGCUUUCAAAAAGAGCUUAGGAUUCAGCUACAAGGCUGCUGAGUUUAAGACAAAGUGGAAGGGUAAAUUUCGGUACAUCCAACUGGACCAGUUUGCAGAGAUGUUACUGGAUGAGUGA